UUCAAACAAACAAACGCCUUCUUUCUUUGUUUCUUUUUAUCCUCUCUGUUUUUUUGUUACUGGGUUUCGAGAUCCCUUUGAGUCAACACUGCCCGCCCGACCAAAAAAUAGAAUCUUUAAUACUUUCGAUUUUUUUCGUCGCUGAAUUCAAGGCUCACUCUUUCAAACUUUCCUACUAUAAACCAAAACCCUCUCUCACGCUCACAUCAACUCCACCGUAAUUUCUGCAACGCCCACCGCCGACUAAGUAAACUCUUCACAAAAAAUUCCAACCUCUCGGGCUUUCCUUUUAUGUUCUUCCCCUUUUUGGGUUUUUUGAAACAUAAAUAAUGUCGUGGACAGACCAGAAAACAGAGAGGAAAUGUAAGAUUAGAAAACGGGUGUGUUUAUCGUCGCCGUCUUCUUCCACUUUGCUCCGUAAGUAUAGAUUCAAGAAGCCACCCACUUGGAAAAUGAACACAAAAUCCCAUUCUUCCAAGUUAUCCUCCGGCGACCUCGCCAACCAGUCGCCGUCGUGCUCAAUCGAGAGCGGUGGCGGAAAGGGUAAACAUGGCUCUGUUUCAGUUUCAGCCCGGAAAUCAGCGGCGGAGAAAACCCAGAAGUUGAAGAAGGAGGUAAUCAAAACCCAGGAAUUGGUUUCUCAGAUCUGGCACUCGUGUUUAUCAGAUCCGGAUCCGAGUUUCAACGUCUUAGAAACAGAGGUUGAAGGUGGCAGAGUACAGGGAAGAAGAAGAACAGCAACAAGAACAGGAACAGGGGAGGUGAUGGGUGGUUCGAAUUUUCAUGGCAAAGACUGUUUAAUGGAGAUUGAAAAUGGUAAUGUGGUCAAAACCCGUUUGAAGGAAGUGAGCAAUUGGCUGGCGACAUCGAAGGAGCUUUUAAGAGUUUUGAAUCAUGUUUGUGGACAUGAAGAACAGCGGCAAUCAUCAGCUUUGUCUCUGAUUUCAGCUCUGAAAUCAGAGGUGGAUCGAGCGAAGAGCGGAGUGGAUGAAUUAAUAAUGAAAGAACAGAGGUUCCGUGACGAUGAAAUUGAGGUUGUAAUGAAGGCGGCGUGGAAGAACAGAGAGAGAGCUAUUACUUCAAUGGCGGAUGAAAUUGAGGUUGAGAAGAAGCGUAGAAGACAAGCGGAGAGAUUGAACAAGAGCAUUGCGAAGGAGCUUGCUGAUACCAAAGUGUUGGUUUCGAAAUUGAGGAGAGAUUUGCAGAGGGAGAAGAGAGCGAAGGAGAUAUUGGAGGAGAUUUGUGAGGAGUUGGCGGCGGGGAUCGGAGAAGACAGGGCGGAGUUCGAGGAAUUGAAGAGGGAAUCGGCGAAGGUAAGGGAAGAAGUGGAGAAGGAGAGGGAAAUGCUUCGUUUGGUGGAUGUUUUACGGGAGGAGAGAGUUCAGAUGAAGCUGUCGGAGGCGAAAUUUGAGUUCGAGGAGAAAAACGCCGCCGUGGAAAGACUUAAACACCAGCUGGAAGGCUAUCUUGUCGGAAAUGAGGAACAAGAACAAGACCAUUGUUGCAACAAAUUUGAGAAAAUUAAGGAAUUAGAAGCGUAUUUGAAGAGAAUCAAUUUCGGGUCAUGUCGAGAUCAAGAUCAAGAUCAAGAACAAGAAUGUUCGGAUUCAGAGGAAAGUGAUCUGCACUCGAUUGAGCUCAACAUGGACGACGGCGAUGACAAGAAGAGUUACAAAUGGAGCUUCGUCCAUGGCGGCUCUCAAAAGAACACAUUCGAAAAAUCAAAUCCCAUUUCUGAGAAAAUCCAAUGGGGAAGUAUUUGCUUGAAUACAGCAAACCCAUCGACGGCCACCCACCAACAAAAUUCAAACAGAUUUUCAGAGCUUUUUAGUCAUAAUCUUCAAGAACAGGGCGAUGAUCAUCAAGUUAAAUCUCUCAACUGCCUUCGUGAUAUUCUAUUUCCAGAAACAACGCCAGAAUUGGAUCAAAUUCCAGCUGCUAAAACGGAUAAUCAUAAUGGGAUUCCACAGAUUAUGAAGGGAUGAUCAUUAAUACACAUAAUUACGUAUAAAAACUCUGUUUUUCGUUUUCUUUUUCAUUGGGAAUUACUUUGAUCAAGAAUCUUUUCUUCUUCCACAUAUCAUAUAUAUAUUAUUCAAUGCUUCCAAAGGGCUACUUUCGGUGGCU